CGAGUCAAAACCUACACUAUACGUGGCACUUUCCAAGUCUCCAACAAACACGCUAAACCGUGCUUGCUCGCUCUCUCCCCGCGUCCCAGCAGCUCGAUUCCACUUUUCGCGCUCUUCGAUUUCUCUCUCUACGAAUCCCUAAUUUCCAAUCCAAAAAUUCCAAAUCGCACGUAUCGAUUCAGUUUUUAGGGUUUUUGAAUGGAUCCCACCGACGCAGCCUCGUCGAAUUCCACGGAUUCCUCCAUCUCCGAACUCCGUUUGAAGCAUCACCAGGAACUAGAAAAUUUAACGCUUGCAACGCAACCGUUAAAGACAUUAAAGUAUUUCAAUUUGGCUAUUGGCCAAUAUGUUCGGCGUUUUAUGGCGAGAGGUGGUUGGUUUCUGCUUCUAAUUAUGUUAGCAGGAGGUAUAGGAGUGAUCACUGCGACAGUUGGUGGACCUCAACAAGAGCAUAUCCGGGAGCUUAUUCGUUAUCUGCAAUUUGGACUCUGGUGGCUGGCUCUUGGUGUAGCAUCAUCUAUUGGUCUUGGAUCUGGUUUGCACACGUUUGUGCUGUAUUUGGGGCCUCAUGUAGCUCUGUUUACCAUGAAAGCCGUGCACUGUGGCAGAGUUGACAUAAAAAGUGCCCCAUAUGACACCAUUCAGUGGAGAAGUGGUCCUUCAUGGCUGGAUAGAGAAUGCUCUGAAUAUGGGACACCCCUAUUGUUAUCACAGCACGGUUCAAGGGUUCCGCUUAGCAGUAUAUUGCCUCAGGUUCAGUUAGAGGCCAUUCUAUGGGGAGUUGGAACUGCACUGGGAAAGCUUCCUCCUUAUUUCAUAUCAAGAGCUGCUAGUAUAUCUGGUCAAAAAUUGGAAGUCAUGAAAGAAUUGGAUUCUUCAUCAACUGAAGACAGUGGAAUGGUAGCUAGUCGCCUCAACCGGAUGAAAUCAUGGCUUCUUUCACAUACACAAUAUCUGAACUUUUUAACUAUAUUAGUUCUUGCUUCGGUGCCCAACCCUCUAUUUGACCUUGCUGGGAUAUUGUGUGGACAAUUUGGCAUUCGAUUUUGGACGUUCUUUCUAGCAACAUUGAUUGGAAAGGCAUUUAUUAAGACUCACAUACAGACAGUUUUCAUCAUCUCAGUUUGCAACAAUCAGCUUCUCGACUUGGUAGAAAAUAAAUUGAUUUGGUUGUUCAGCUUUUUCCCUGGAUUUGGUUUGUUUGUGCCCAACCUCAUCACCAAAUUACAUACAAUGAAAGACAAGUAUAUACACGCCUCACCUCCAGUCGCCUCUAACAGCGAGAUUUUUGACCGAAAGUGGGGGAAUGCAAUCUAUUGGCCAGUUGGAGAAAAAGUGGGACUUAUCCUUUAGUUCGAUUUGGAACACUGUUGUGUGGCUCAUGCUCAUGAACUUUUUCAUCAAGAUUGUGACGGCAAGUGCACAAAGCGUUCUCAAGGAAGAACAUGAAAAGGAGUUGACUGCGUUGUCGAACAAUCUGCAUACAUCCAAACAAAAAAGUAUUGCUAGUUGCAGCCAAGCCUCUGAUUGAAUCUUCCGAAGGCUGUUCCGGUUUGGUUAUAUUUUUCCUUAUCUGGUAUUCACGGCAUUGGAGUUUAGCGGCAGAAUUUUUGUAUCUGCCGCGAUUAUUUCUCCCGUAGCUUCCACCCGUUUAUCUCUCUUUCAAUUUGUACGUAUAAAACAUGAAAUGAAACAUAGGUUAAUCCGUAGAAGUAUCUACAUGUAUCAUAUUUAUAGGGGGAAGUUUAUCGGCGAUUCUUGAUCUGACUUUGUAUCUUAGAAAUCUGCCCAUUCUGGGAAAUGCAAUGGAAUAAAAUCCAUCAAGACA